UGAUAUUUCUCCACAGCUGAUGCUCAAUUUCUAAUCAGAUUUUAUUCACAUACAAAUAUACGUACAAAAUAAAGUUUUGUGUGAGCCCAACAAAUUUUGGAAAUAUUUAAAAUCUCAGCAUUAACAGUUUAAAGUGAAAUAAAUAUCCAUUUAUAUGUCCACAAGUUUAAAAGUAUAUAUUCCAUACAUAUUCCACCACCAGGAGUAGCAAAUCUCACUUGUUUUGUCUAACAAAUAUUAUACAGCAGCAUAUAUACUAAUUGAUCCUGCAGCGCCUAUUGCUUCAUCCCGUUCUGCAAAAUGGACCCCUUCUCCAACCAAACUGAAACCCCCGCGAAACCUCAAGACAGCAAUUCUGCCUUACGCGACUUCAUAAUCCAACUUAAUUUUAAACAACCAUUAAUAUUUUCCGUCCACCCAUUCGCCCAGCAAAUCAAGCGCUGGAGGCCCUCGUUCCUAAUUGAAUGCAUGGAUGCAGAGAAAUGCAAACAUUGUCCAUCCUGUAUUAAAAAAGUAUCCCCGAAAAUAACCGAAGUCAAUGAUAGGAAUACAUUUACUAAGAUGAUUAACCAUUUAGUCGACCAACCCAUAUUCGCCGUGGAUCUUGAACAUCACGACGGACACUCAUACUCUGGAAUAACCUGUCUAAUUCAAAUUUCCACUAACACCCACAACUUUCUCAUUGAUCCGUUCAACCUUAUUGAGGAAAUUAAGUCCGAGUUGAAGGAUGUUAUGCAAUGUGAAAACCACAUAAAGAUAAUGCAUGGGUGCUUCAACGAUUUAAAAUGGAUGCAGAGAGACUACAACAUUUUUCCAUGGCCGGUGGUUGACACCCAGCUGAUUUACCGAGCCCUCACUAGAGGCAGUGGAAAUCAAUCAGAGGCAAAUACGUCCCUUGUAAAUUUGAUCAAGAAAUAUUUCCCUCGUGAAAAAUUUGAGAAGUCGGUUGAACUGACGUUAUCGGAUUUUCGAAUUCGUCCAGUGCCUGAUAAUCUAAAGAAAUACGCAAUACAAGACACUUUAUACUUGUCAGGAAUACUUUACCAGAUGAGGCAAGAUUUUUUGACUAAUACACAAUUUGAAGAUGCACUAAUCAAUUGUGUACAAGAGGUGGGAAGGAAGGCUCUCUACGCGGGAAAAACAUACCCUACCGCGCAACAAGAAAUGGAAUUCCGUAUCACCCGUAACCAAGAUAUGGUCAGAGCGCUCCAUGCCUGGAGACAUGAUUUGGCCUGUUUGAAAGAUGAAAAUCCCAAUACACUUUUGCCUACGGCGAAUCUAAUUGUUUUAUCAAGGUUGGACCUAACUGACCUGGGGGAUGGGUCGGAUUUGGGAAAAAUGUAUGAAUUGGUUCCUGUCAAAAGUAGGGAACUACUAUCUCAAGAGAAUUUGUACAUGAUGAAGACAAUUUUAAAAACAUCGCGCUAUGAACCACUCUCGGGAAGAAUUAUAUCAUGCCGGGUAUGCAACUUGGAUACUAUUACCGUUGACGGGGAUGAAGAUUGGACUACGUUUUCUGGGAAAGAAUUAAACAUAAGUUGGACACCAGGAAUACGAUUUGGCAGAAAUAAUGGUGAUAUUUACAUACUAUCCAUGGAUAAAUUAAUGUGGGACAUGAACACCUUCUCGCAUAGCGUGACUAGAAAAAUUGGAUUGUUUGCAUUCACUGUGAAAGAUAUGGAACAUUUUACACAUGAAAUUUGCAGUUUUAUGAAAGCCCUAGAAAGGAAAAUAGUAUGCACCGUGUGUCACACACCGAUUGCAAUCCAUACCAAAAUGGAGCUCGUUUUCGAUAUGGAUAAUAACAAAUCUGCCAAUGCGAGAUUAUGUUGCAAAUCCUGCCUACCCAAACUGCAUUUUUCGUCCGGCAACCAUAAAAAAUUCCAGCUCGGACACACCAUCUUGCAAGAAUUUGAUACCUUCACCACAAAAAUGAGCAAACAACCGAAUUGCAAACAACGUCUCACAGCAAUUUCAAAGAUGCUAAUAAAUUGCGAAAUGGAAUUUAUGUGUCAAUAUUGCUUCUGUCAUUUGGAAAAUACAAUGCUAGUGAAUCGUGAAUCGGGUUGGAAAUCAUGUUGUGACGGAUGCGAUGUGUUGUAUAUGAAAACGUAUGAAAAUCGAGGGUCCAUUCGUUUUGCAAAGAUGGACGAAAUUGUUUCUCUAUUUGUGAAGAUAUUGGAGAAUUUAUUAAACUAUUUGACUCGAAAUAAAGUUCCAGUAGGGUUCGACCACUGUUCCAUGCGGGAUGAGAUAAUGGAGAACGGAAAUAUUAGAACCCCAUACUUAAAAGAGGAAGGAAGAAAGUGUAAGCGUUUCUCAUAGGAAAAAUUGUUAAAUCGUAUGUUAUACUACAUGCAAACAAAUACACGCGAGAGGUUAGGACACUGAUCACAUGUAUGUAAAUAAAAAAAGAUUAAUUAUAUAAUUUAUAUAAGUUAUUAGUUGUAUAAUUUAUGCAUGUAUGUAAAUAUGUAGAUAUGUAUAUGAGAGACAUAAGUAUGUUACACAUAUCUUUAUCUUUAGGCAAGCAGCAAUCAAUUGAUAUCUGAAUUGUGUUUUCGGACACUAUUUUUGUAGAAAGCAAAUAAAUCGUAUGUGUGUAAAUGUA